UGCGGUUAUGAGAUGGUAGAACAUUGUUUAUGGAAUAAAAGUGAUAGCGACGGAAAAGUUACUAUUUAAGUGUGAUAUAUUCCAAUGAUGUUGUAAAAAAAAGUUUUCACAAUUGCAUGUUUUCGGUAUUGCUAUUCUUGCUUUGCAUCUUCGAGAAUGACUGAAUACAAACUGGUUGUUGUGGGUGCGGGUGGCGUUGGGAAAAGUGCAUUGACAAUUCAACUUAUACAAAAUCAUUUUGUGGACGAAUAUGAUCCUACAAUAGAAGAUUCUUAUCGGAAACAGGUUGUGAUUGACGGAGAGACGUGUUUGUUAGACAUAUUGGACACAGCAGGUCAAGAAGAAUAUAGUGCUAUGAGAGACCAAUAUAUGAGGACUGGUGAAGGUUUUCUUUUAGUUUUCGCAGUUAACAGUGCAAAAUCCUUUGAAGAUAUUGGAACUUAUCGCGAGCAGAUCAAAAGGGUUAAAGAUGCAGAAGAAGUCCCGAUGGUUUUAGUUGGGAAUAAGUGUGACCUACCAUCGUGGGUAGUUGAUACAAAUCAAGCACGCGAAAUAGCCAAGCAGUAUGGAAUCCCCUUCGUCGAAACAUCAGCAAAAACACGUAUGGGUGUUGACGACGCAUUCUAUACCCUUGUACGAGAAAUCAGAAAAGAUAAGGAGCACAGAGGACGAGAAAAACGAAAAAGAUUGAGAGGAACCCACAAAAAGAAGAGAUGCUGUUUGCUGUAGAGGUUUAAUCACUUUAACUUAUAACUAUAUUUCUUUUAAUAUUAAAAUUUUUCUAAUCUCGUUCCAUAAUCGCAUAUGAUGAGCAAUUAAUUCUUCUUUGCAUUUGCCAUGGUUGUUAGAAGCAUAAAAGCUGCUUAUACUUCCACUGUGAUUUCCACUCAGCCGUUGUCCUUUUUUUUCUGUUUGCAAAGAAAAUAAAGAAGUUUCCCGUGUGUGUCAAACUGAAAAACUGCCAAGGAAUGGGGAAAACUGAUGCUCACAUAUGUUUUCAUAAGAGAUUUUUUAUUGUUAUUAUUAUAAAUACUUGCCUUCAUUAUAGAAGUUUAUGUUGUCAUCAAGAUCUUUUUAUUAUGUUAUUUAUACUGCCAGUAACUUUAGUGUUUACAUUUUCUGAAUAAAUGAGUCAUGUUUGCAAUAACAUUUGGCAAAUGGUACUCCUAUUUGAAAGUCUUAAGCACAAAUUCCAGUGUAGCUGAUUUUGCAUCAUAUAUGAUGUGCACAAUUCAUAAUUUUUUUAAACUCUGUGCUUCAAGGUACGUAAACUUUUACUCGUGUGUGUGUGUGUGUGUGUGUGUGUGUGUGUGUGUGUGUGAGAGAGAGAGAGAGAGAGAGAGAGAGAGAGAGAGAGAGGUCCUUUGUAAAUGUUUUCAAAUUCACUUUGCUGUGUACAGUUAUCAUUAUAAUUAUUUACAGUUCCCUUGUGAUACCUUUUGACAUUUAAUAUGUCUUGUCAUACAGUUAUAAAAAUUUUGUUCUUUUGUAAUUCUGGUCACUGCAGGCAGAUGUUCACCUUUGUCAUUUUUUUAAAAGUAUGUUUCAUGAAAUGAAUAACUUGUGUACUGAGAGUUAUUGUGAAGUGAUCAGGCUGAUGCUGAACAGUAGAAGUUUCAAUCAGUGUAAAAGUGCUGGGAGGCUUUCAGAUAUCUUGAUCACGAUUUUAUUAUUCCAGUACACCUCACAUGUUUCAACAUUACACCAUUAUCAGAGGCAAAUGCUUUAUGCCAUUAUUACUGUGAAUCAGUAGAAACUUGUCCAAAUGGGUACCUGGUAUCUAGUCACCAUUCCUUCAUAACAAGCAAUUGCAAACUGAUAUUAGGCAUUUGCCUUCGAUUAUGACGUAAUAUUGAAAAGUGUAAUGCAUAUUGCAAUAGGGCCUAAUAAAAUUGUGGUCAAGACAUCUCAAAAUGUUAAAAUGAACAAUAUAACUGAAAGAUUAAGUUGCUGUCUUAUUGAUAUGAAGAGAGUUAUCAAAUUGUGGAGCUGUAUUAGUUAUACGUCUUCUGAGAAAGGAUAUUGAGUGCACGAAGGAGACUGUAUCAGUAAUGAACAGGUAAUACAGCCAUUUUUUUAAAAUUAUAUGUAUAUGCUUUAACUUGUGGAAACACUUAAAUUGGUGAACUUAAGUAGACUAAGUACAGUUGUGUAAAAUUGAACAACUUUAAAUAAAUUUCAUUUUCAUGACUUCAACUGAAUAUAUAAGUUGAGUGGACAUGGUCAGGCACAAGUAGGAUAAUUGUUUUAAUGAUAAAUGCCUUUUGGUAAUAUUGAUAUUAAAGCAAAUAACUUUUUAUUGCUAUCUGAUGUCACAAGUGAACAUUUUCUAUUUGUCCAAAUGUUCUGUGUGUUACAAAGAAUUAUGUACUAUUAUAGUCCAAAGACACAAAUUCAGUUAAGUAGGUGUUUUCAAUUAUAAAUUUAGUGUUUUUUUUAUUGCUGUGUUAUUACAAAUUUCACAAGUAUCUAUUGAUGUUGUUAAUAAAGCUUAAUUAAAAUUUU